AUGUUCAAAAUCUUAGUAUUCACUUCCGUAUUGGCGGUUUGUUACGCUGAGGAACACGCUUACAAAUAUAGACCAGUUCAACGCGAGGAGUAUAGAUAUCCACAGCACAGUCGAGAGCCUGCGCCAAUACAUGAAGAACAGCAUCAAACAGCAUCCGAGGAGUACGGACAUACCUCUGGACUCUCAUCGCAAAGCAUCGUCCAUUACCCAGCUGUUACAGAGGAGUCCCAUGAAUCUUAUGAAUACGUGACAGCUCAACCGGUUGCUUACAAGCAGUAUUACCAAGCUCAUGAGCUAGCUUCUCAUAGCGCGCACAAGAAAGCUCCCGCCAAUUACCCUGUCCACGAAGAGCAUCAGCAGGUUAAAUACGUCCACGUACCUGUCCAGCAGCACCAUUCCGAAGCACCCUCGUACCAAUCUGACGUCCACUCACACGACGAGCCUAUCGACUAUUAUGCUUACCCAAAAUAUCAAUAUGAGUACAAAGUAGAGGAUCCACACACUGGUGACAACAAGUUCCAACACGAAGUUCGUGAUGGUGACAGCGUGAAGGGAGUAUACUCGCUUCAUGAGGCUGAUGGUUCAGUUAGGACAGUUGAAUACACAUCGGAUAAGCAUCAUGGAUUCAACGCUGUUGUGAAGCAUUCAGCGCCAGGACAACACGUCCAUAUUGAAAGCCAUCAUCAAAGUUAA